CAACACAGCAUGCCCAGCUCGGGCAGAACGCUCCCCAACAUGGCCGCCGCUGCACGGUGAAGGACCUGGAGUAGAUGCAUUUGUGUUUUGAGGGAGAAAGGAAAAAACACACAAUACUCAGAGGAGAUCAACGACGAACUGAAAACAGGAAGAGGCCCCUACGUGACUGCUGUGAGGACGACCCAUAUGCUGCACCUGAGAAACGGUUCACCCCCCAAACAAAAACUCCAUAUCUGAAAGUACCCUGCUUCUCUACCGAUCCCUGCAGGUGUGGGCGUGCCUCCUGUCACACUGGCAGGAAAGACAAGGGGGGAGGUGUUGCAGGGUGGGGUAUCAGGGCUGCACCCACCUGCCUUCUCCAUCUUCCUUGAGCUUCAGCUUCCAUUGGCGGUGGGCUGAGAGGGUUUCGGCCAAGAGCCUUGAGCGUGUGGCCUUUGACAGGGUCUGCCAGGUGGCAUUGGCUGGUUGAGGAGCAGAGCAUGUUGAGUGGUUGUGGUUGCCAUGGAGCUGCAGGAUAAGAAGCAGGAGGAGGAUGCUGUUACUUUUGGCCUGUCGACUGGCCAGGCUCUGGGGAAGCUCCGGGACCAGCUCAGCAACUUACUGGAGCAGCACCAGAGGGCUGCAAACAGACGAACCUCUGCACAGGAAAAGUGGGUGAAUAGCUUCCUUUACCAUGGCAACCGUCAUUCCUGCCUUCAUUGGUCCGGAGCUGCCCUCACUCUAAUGGUGGUGUUGGGACUCAUAUGUUGCUAUGGUAGCCAGCCAAAGGGCAGUUCUGGUAUAGAGCUGAUGAACGCUGCAGCCCUCCUUCUCCUCUUUGUGCUGAACCUGCUGCUGGUCGGACGUCAGGAGAGGCUUAAGCGCAGUGAGAUGGUCCGGCGCCUCAAGGGCAUUAUAACACAGCUCAGUGACUACCUGUCGGGGUGUGAGGGGGAUGUGCGCUGGUCUCUGUCACUGUACCCUGACCUCUACACACCUUCAUCUCCUUCGUGGUCCCUUCACUGGACCUACCGUGACUCCCAGCUCGUCAAUCUGCCUGUGAGUCUGCUGGUGGAAGGAGACAUCAUCGCUCUGAGACCUGGUCAAGAAGCAUUUGUAUCACUCAGAGGCAUUAAGGAUGAUGAGCACAUUGUGUUGGAGCCAGGAGAUUUAUUUCCCCCAUUCUCCCCUCCUCCUUCCCCACGGGCCAAUGAGAAGAGAGGACCCCAGAACCCCCAGCAACACCGCCACUUCAGAGUGGUCCGGACUCCUGUGCUGGACACAGUCAGGAACAGUUUGGAGUUGGCGCUGUCUCGGCCGAUCACGGUUCUAGAUAAUGAGAGGUUUACAGUGCAGUCGGUCAUCACCAAGAUAGUCUCUCCUGUGGUGCUGGUGGCGUUCCUGCUAGUGAACACUGUCCGCUAUUUUUGUGACACACCCAGCCUCACCCCGGGCUGCUACAAUUUCUUUCAACUUCAGUUGAUGGGUGUUCUGCCCAUCUUGCCGCUGCUCUUCCCUGUCAUGUGGGUGCUGGUCAACGCCUUCGGAGAGGCCAGGGUCCUCGCAGAGUUCAACCGGUUGUCACCAGCUGGUCUGCUUGCUAAGUUCUCUGAGGACACUCUAAGCAGCUACACCGAAGUGGUUUCCUCCCAGGAGAUGCUGCGUUGUGUGUGGAGACACCUGGUCGGCGUCCUAAAGGGAGAGUCUCAGACACUGUGCUUCACUUCCAGCCUCUUACACACUCUGGGAUCGGUUACUGUGCUGUGUUGUGUGGACAAACAGGGUAUCCUGUCAUGGCCUAAUCCCAGUCCGGAGACUGUGCUGUUCUUCAGUGGGCGCGUUGAACCGCCUCACAACAGCCAGGACGAUCUCAGAGACGACCUGUCUGUCAACUCCUACUGCCGAGGGGAGACGGAGGAUGACAGGGAUGAGGUUGGGGAGGUGCAGGCCCUGCUCUGUCUUCCUGCAGAGUCCUCCACUCAGCUUGGCGAGGGGCUCGAGCUGAUCGAGACCUCACAUGACAAUAUUUGCUCAUCUGAAACUCUCCGGCUUCGGCGUUCCUGCCAGCCCGCACACAGCCGAACCAAACACCACUCUGGAUCCAACGUUAGCUUCAGCCAUGACACUGAGGGAGGCGAGGACGACCAGGCUCUGGACUUCGCAAUGGGCUGCCCGGAGACAGAGGCAGAUGACUUUGUGUGCGACUACCACCUGGAGAUGCUGAGCCUAUCGCAGGACCAGCAGAACCCAGCCAGCAUCCAGUUCGAUGACCUCUCCUGGCAGUGCCACCUCCCCUCCCUCAAGCCGCUGGGCCUCAACAUUAUGCUGAACCUCUGCAACGUCAGCGUCACCCAGCAGCUCUGCCGCUUCUCUGACCACCUGUCCAACCUGGCUCUGCAGGAGAGCCACGGCACCGUGCUGCCAGUCUACGUACCCUGGGGGCUCUGUGAACUCUCCCGGCUCAUAGGCUUCACUCCUGGUGCGAGGGAGCUGUUUAAACAGGAGAACCACUUGGCUCUGUACCAGCUGCCAACUGGAGAGAAAACCAAAGAGUUUACCUCCCGCCACCUUCAUUACUUCACCAAACGCCAGCCCCCCAUGUCGCACCUCAUCUCUCUGUUCGUACGAGACUCCUCCUCCCAUAAUGUCCAGAUGCUGUCACAUGGCUCAGCUGACCUCAUCUUGGAGGCCUGCACUGACUUCUGGGAUGGAACUGAUAUCUAUCCUUUAUCAGGUUCAGACAGAAAGAAGGUUCUGGACUUCUACCAACGUGCCUGUUUGUCAGGUUACUGCUCAGCCUUUGCCUACAAACCCAUGCAAGUGUCACUGUCAAGCCAACUGAGUGGGAAAUGUGUCGAGCUGGCCCCCGGUCCCUGCCUCUUCUCUGGAGUGGAACUGCCCUCCACCACCCCUAUCAAACAGAACUCCUACAGGAACAGCUGGAGCUCGGAUGAGGGUAUCGGUGAGGGGGUGGAGCGUGAGGACUGUGUUCAGGCCCUGAGCGGUCAGAUCUUCAUGGGAAUGGUGUCGUCUCAGUUCCAGGCGCGGCUCGAUACAGUUCGGCUUAUUGAUGCCUUGGUCACUGCUUGCAUCCGCUUUGUUUACUUUUCUAUGGAGGAUGAGCUCCGCAGCAAGGUGUUUGCUGAGAAGAUGGGUUUAGAGACAGGCUGGAACUGUCACAUCUCUCUGACUCCAAACGGAGAAAGUCCCUGUGACGGAGCUCCAUCCAGCCCCAUUCAUGGCUCCCUACAUGAAGACCUGAACCAAGAUGAAGCAGAAGGUCCGUUGUUGCCAGAGGAGGAAGGCCACUCUGACCUCGCCAGUUUCCAGCCCACAGACAGUGAUGUGCCCAGCUUCCUGGAGGACUGCAACAGAGCCAAGCUACCUCGUGGUAUCCACCAGGUCCGUCCUCAUUUGAAGAACAUCGAUAAUGUGCCUCUUUUGGUGCCACUCUUCACUGACUGCACCCCUGAGACCAUGUGUGAGAUGAUGAAGAUCAUGCAGGAAAACAGGGAGGUUACAUGUUGUCUGGGAAGCGCUGCCAACUUCCGCAACAGCUGUCUAUUCUUACAGAGUGAUCUCAGCAUCGCUCUGGACCCUCUGUACCCGUCUCAAUGUUCAUGGGAAACGUUUGGCUACGCCACCGGAGGAGGGUUUAAUGGAGAAGUUGAAGGUCUGUCUCCUCUGAGGCUCUCUGGACAGCUCAACAGUCUGGGCUGCUCCGUCACCUUCCACCAAGGAGAGAGCGUCAGCAUGAUCAAGCUCAUAGAGCAGGCACGACACACAACCUAUGGCAUCCGCAAAUGCUUCCUUUUCCUGCUACAGUGCCAGCUCAGUCUGGUCAUCCUCCAGUUCUUGGCCUGUCUUGCUCAGCUUCCCCCUCCAAUGAACACCACUGACAUCCUCUGGCUGUCCUGCUUCAGCUGCCCACUUCUAAGUGUUUCACUUCUGGGGAAACCUCCAGACUUUUCCGUCAUGGCAGUUGCCACAGGGAAGAACCUAGACGCCAUUCCAAGAAAGACCCAGAACUACUUCCUUGGCUGCUUCCUGUUGAAGUUUGGUCUGACAGUGUGCGCCUACCUGUUGGCCUUUGGGUUUACCCUGCAGGAGGUUUGCCUCAGAAGCAGCAACUUCACCUUAGUUGAAAACAGCACUGUCAACUGCCUUCACAUAUUCACAGCCAGCUCUUCAGACGAGGCCCCUCAGUGGUUCAGUGAGCUGUCAAACAGCCUGCUGCUCACUCAGAAGGUCAUGGCAGGGUUCCUCGUUUUACACACAGCGGUGAUCUCCCUCAGCUACGUCCACCGCUCUCAGCCUCUGUGGAGAAAGAGUCCGUUCAGCAACACCUGGUGGUGUCUCACUGUACCUGUGGUUCUGCUCAGCCAGAUUGUUCAGGCCUCGGUGGAUUACCAGCUGUGGCGCGACCGGGGCAGCUCCCUGACCUUUAACCUGGGUGACAUACCGCUGCUAGCCUGGGUGCUGGUGUCUCUGUCACCGCUGCUAGUGGUGGUGGUCAACGAAGUGGUGAAGCUACACGAGAUACGGGUGCGGGUUCGCUACCAGAAGAGACAGAAGCUUCAGUUUGAAACCAAGCUGGGAAUGAACUCUCCGUUCUGAUGGCUCUCCGGCUGAGGAAGCUGACGUCAGGGUGAUUACUGGGAACAGGUCAGGAAACUGGGGAAGGGCAGGGUGCAAACACUGCAGUGCCCACCAUUAUCACUUCAGCCCAGCAGCACUGCAACCAGCAGGUGGAGCAGAGCAACCAUCCACUCUACUGUUUCUGGAGAGCAGGUAAAGGAUCAUUUCAAAGAAGUCAGUGCCACUGAACACAACAGACCCGGAGACUUUAUUGUCUGCUUCUAGUUUAUUUUAAAGGCAUGAGGAGUGUUUCAAAGAAUGUUGUAUGCUUCCUCACUAUCACCUCUUUUUUAAAUCUCUCAGAGACCAAUGAAUGGUCCCUUCUCAUCUCUAGGAAUGUUCCAGAUUCCAAACAGUUUACUAAAAGCUCGUUCUAGUGUCGUCCAGUCUGACACACUGAAUCGUGGCAAAUCAAUCAUUCGGUUUAACAUAGUGUGAGUGUAUUUAAAUUCAAACCAAAAAUCAGGGUUGAACAGAACUCUGGGGCCGUUUAUGAUCUGAAUAUAUAUAUAUGAAAUAAUCUUUCAGCUAAAAUGUGUAAAGUAUAUUAAUGAAACAACAAUUUGUGGUUCCUAAUAUAACACAUUGACUGAAUGUGUUGUAAUACAAACUGUGGAAACAUUGUGGGGCUCUGGAACUUUCUGGAUCAAUGCAUUUCUGCCUUUGAGACGCAUUUUAAUCUUCACUCUGGUCCCCUGCAAGACAUCGUUCUGUCUCUAUUGUGUCUUGUGACAAAAGCUCAGUUUCUGAGUGAAGCCGAUGUCCGAGCUGCUGUAACUACAAUGGAGGAUGAGGAUACACUUGCAGUAUAUUUAAGUAUAAAUAUGUGUAGACGUGUCGAACUGAACAAUGUGCCAGCAUGCUGCUCUGAAUUCUUGCAGUGUGCGGUGAUCUUUGCAAGUUCUCUCCCAAGGGAUGAAUUGACUGCGUGUGUGUGUGUGUGUGUGUGUGUGUAUAGCAACAUUCACAGUGGCGUCCCACCCAUAGGGGUCCCACCACACCAGACUCAUCUGAAAGGUGCUUCAUAUUAUUCAGUUGCCUUCCUCUGCCACCUCUUUCUGUUCCAUCUCUCAACUGCUCCACACAUCUGUCACCCUUACCCCAGGUUUCAUAUUUCACCUGCGACUCCGUAGAUCAAGAUUUCUUUAAAUCUCACGUAGCCCUGUUAAUCAGCAGCCGUCUACAUGUUUAACACAUUUGACAUUUUCAUGGGUUUUUUUCGUCUUUAUUCAAGACCGUGGUUUAAAGGCAUGAAUUAUUGAUUUCACGUUCAGAAUUUGUAAUGCUCUCCCUUAAAACCCUGCACAGGAAGUCUAAGCACAAGCAGGGUAUAAUCGAGGUCGAGUGCAGGGUUUUGAGUGAGAGCAUUACAAAGAUGGAACAUGAAAUCAAUAAGUCCUGCUCUCGAACUGAAAGACCACACUCUUGAAUAAAGAUUGGAAAAGACCCCCCCCCCCAUACAUUUCCCUGUGUAAUUAAUGAAUCCAGUUCACGUGGACCCUCAGCAGCAGACGUCUGUAUCACUGUUGGUGUUUUUUUCAAUCCGACCAGCCGUCUCCUGUGGUGCUGUCGUUGUUUCAGAUGGACAGGAAUUUCAUAUUGCUACUGUACACAAGUGGGCUGGCAGUAUUUAUUGGUUAUACAUUAGAAUACCAGCUGUUUACACAUGUGGAAUAAAGAAGGUCAUUUUGGUCAGUGCCAGAUGAACCUAAGGGCUCGGGUACUAAACGGGGGGGGGGGCCCAAAGUGAUCACUCUCUCAAUUUAGUUACAGAAAAUGUAUUAUAUCCCAACAUAUAACAAUACUGUGUCACAAAACUCUAUAUACUGUAAUAUAGUUUUUAUUUUUUCUUUAAAAAAAACAAACAAACACUUAUUAUGCUGGAAUGAAAUGGCAUUUACAUAUUAGGUGUCACAAGUUUACCUCAGUUUUUAAAAUAUUAUUCCUUGAAAAAAAACUUGUCCAGGAGGAUUUGAUCCGUAUCACAGUUCCAGCUGUUUCUGAGCAGCACUGCAGCUAAUGAAAUGACGAGUGGCCCCCGGGGGCCCCCGCUGACGUCUGAUCAGCCUGGAUUGUUGACCACUCGUAGUGAAGGUCAAUCUAAAGCUGGUUUAAUGAAGGGUCGUAUGAACACUGAGGACACCGAGGUCACGUUCUAUGUUCUUUUCACUGGGAACUUUGUCUUGGAAUUCAUCAUUUAAAAACCACCUCUUUAUGGAUAUUUCACUCCUCUUUAUGGAUUCUAGAUUUCAUAUAUUUACAUUUGACUACUUUUUUGGCCCAAAACAAAGAAAUGAAGAAAUUAGCAUUUCCUUACCAGAAUUUGAUUUCUGGUUGUGUGGCAAAGGUUUUGAAAUCCAAAAUUUACAGACAAUAUAAAUCAGGAAAUAUUUAUUUUUAAAAUUAAAUAAUUACGACAUUUUUAGCUUUCUUUUAUGGUUUGUGGUGGGGACUUGGACUUCUGACCUCAGAUGAACCUGUUUAACCUGUGUGCUCACUCCUCUGGGACUGUUGUAAUUAUUCCAUGGCUGCAAACGAUGUUUUAAGUUAUACAUUAGAGUGGGGCUGUGUGUGAACAGGUACAGCUCCACAUGUUUUUACAGAGGUUAAGUACUCGUGGAUGUGGACUGGCAUGAAUCCACUGAUGAUGGUUGUGAGACAAUCACGACGAUGCAAGAAAACAGUUCUGAUUUAAAAUUUUGGGAUUUCUUUCAACUUUAUUGGUUAUAUCAUGACAAACAUGAUCUUUGCUGCAUGAAUUAGAUCCAUGGGAAUGCUCUGUCUUAACCAGUGUACAUGUAAUCUAUUGUUCUACUGUUUGGUUCAAAACAAAGCAUGCACUUCACACUGUAUGUGACCAGGCCCCCCCGCUGCAACAUUUUGAUAACAUCACCAUGCGGAGGCUCGGAGCUGAUGCCUGUGUCAGUUCAUUUUUAUGACAGGGUAUUGGUGGAUGGACAAUGAUAUGUAGUUGUUCACAAGACACACAAAUGUAUAUUUUGUAUUUUUUUAAAUUUCCUAUGUUCAGGACUUUUGGCAAAUUUGUUUGUAUAUUGAUUGUGUCAUGUCAAUAAAUCUGUUCUUUUAUUUA